AUCUUAUGCGAAAAGCAAAAGCAAGCUGUUAAUGACAUUGUUUUGUUAGGAAAAACCAUCAUGGCGACUUAGUCGAUUAUCAAAAAUUGUUAGAUCGCCUACGAUCCAACUAAUGAUGAAUCUGGCCUUCAUCGACCUAAUCAAUCUUAUGCAAUAAAAAAACAAAAACGAGCUAUAAUGACAUUCUUAUAUAAUUAUAGGAGCCGCCAACUCUCGCCAGUAGCCAUAGCUGUUACGACUCGGAAACAUGGAAGGAGGAAGCCUCCGUAAAUAAAAUGCAUGCAGGUUUGGCAGUUGUACUAGUGUUACAACUCGGAGGAGCUCCGUCCCAUCGGGGAACGGCCGCCGGCACCUGUUUGCUGUUGCUCUGCUCGGGCCAUCGCCAUGGACGAAGAUAAAGAGCAGAGGCCAAGCUGCAACUGCAAGAAGACCACCUGCCUCAAGCGCUACUGCCAGUGCUUCCAGGGCCACUUUUUCUGCUCUCACGCCUGCAACUGCAAGGGCUGCUGGAAUAGCGAGCACAGGAGGACCUUCGUGGAGGAGCACGCCGAGCUGAGGCUCAAGACGAAGCCCGGCGCGUCCCAGUCCAAAGACUCCGCGCUGGCGGGAGAGCAGAGGGUGCAUGGCAAGGGCUGCACCUGCAACAAAUCCGGAUGCAAGAAAAACUACUGCGAGUGCUUCAAGAAACAAGUUGCGUGCACCACGAGAUGCAAGUGCCAAGGGUGCGAGAACAGUUACGGGACAGGAGGGGAAGGGCUCCAGGGGAACGGUGAUCCGGGUGGACCGUCUGGACAGCCUGAUGGAGCACCUGACGGCAGUGAUGGAUCACCUGGCGGUUCCGGCGAAUCCGCGGUGGUCAUAGACGAGGAGUUGCUGCGUCCAACAGAAGCGGGAGUGGCUGAAAACGUUGUGGCCAUUGACGACCCUUUGGAUCCUAGCACGUAUUCAUGGUGGCAUUUACUUCCACCAGAACUCUCAACCCCAAAGGAAUCAGGCGCCUGUGCAGGCAACCCUGACACAUGAAACUCUAACGACGACAACGAGGAUGAUUCCAAUGCAAGUUGGAGAAUUG